AUGAUGACCCAGACAUACUACCUCCCGUUCUAUUUUCAAGCAGUACGAGGCACAGACGCCCAAACCUCCGGCUUCAGCAUCUUGCCAUACGGCGUGACUAUCUCCAUCGCCACCCUCAUCAGCGGCACUCUUGUUACCCUCUCCGGAUUCUACGUCCCCUUCAUGUGGGUCGGAUCCGGUAUCUUCGUCGCCGGCAGCGGCCUACUAUACACUCUUUCCCGCUCGAGUCCGUUUGCAAAAUGGUUCGGAUACCAGGUGUUCACAGGCACGGGAUACGGUGUCAUGUGUCUCGGGGGUUCCAUUGGUCUUGCUAUUGCAGAGAAUGUUUUUCGGAAUGCACUUCACACACAUCUUCUUGCCCUCCAGGGGGUUGAUGUCCCGGCGGUGGAAGCGGCUGGCGGCGCCGAGUUGCAGAACGUCGUGCCUGUGGAGCUGCUGGGGCCUGUGAGGGAUGCAUUCAGGGUUGCGGUUUCCGAUGUUUUCCUUGUUGCGGUUGGUCUGGGAGGGGUUGCAUUUCUGGCCUUCGUGGGAAUGGAAAGGAAGAGGAUUAUGGCCAAAGGGGGCUGA